GCGGGGCUUGGCCGGCGGCGUCUGUGAGCGGUUGCUGAGGCGGCGGCGAAGAGCGUUGGGCUUACCUCACGGCUUUCCCGUGGCGUAACGCCUCCUCUGCCGGCUUCCUCCUCAAACCGCUGUUCGCUCGCGAGCCCACCGAUUCCGACAUGGCGACCCGCAGUCCCAGCAUCGUGAUUAGUGAUGAUGAACCAGGCUAUGACCUAGAUUUAUUUUGUAUUCCUAAUCAUUAUGUUGAGGAUUUGGAAAAGGUGUUUAUUCCUCAUGGACUGAUUAUGGACAGGACUGAAAGACUUGCUCGAGAUGUCAUGAAAGAGAUGGGAGGCCAUCACAUUGUGGCUCUCUGUGUGCUGAAGGGGGGGUAUAAAUUCUUUGCUGACCUGCUGGAUUACAUUAAAGCGCUGAAUAGAAAUAGUGAUAGAUCCAUUCCUAUGACUGUAGAUUUUAUCAGACUGAAGAGCUACUGUAAUGAUCAGUCAACAGGGGACAUAAAAGUAAUUGGAGGAGAUGAUCUCUCAACUUUAACUGGAAAGAAUGUCUUGAUUGUUGAAGAUAUAAUUGACACUGGUAAAACAAUGCAAACUUUGCUUUCCUUGGUCAGGCGGUACAACCCCAAAAUGGUUAAGGUUGCAAGCUUGCUGGUGAAAAGGACCUCUCGAAGUGUUGGAUAUAGGCCAGACUUUGUUGGAUUUGAAAUUCCAGACAAGUUUGUUGUUGGAUAUGCCCUUGACUAUAAUGAGUACUUCAGGGAUUUGAAUCAUGUUUGUGUCAUUAGUGAAACUGGAAAAGCCAAAUACAAAGCCUAAGACGAGAGUUCAAGUUGAAUCUGCAAAGAUGUUGCCAGUAAAAUUAGUAAGCCUUCUAGUUCUGCGGCCAUCUGCUUAGUACAGCUUUUUGCAUGAAACUUCUACGAAUUUUAUGUUUUUUAUUUUUAGAAAUGUCAGUUGCUGCAUUCUUGAUCUUUUUAUUUGCACUAUGAGCCUAUAGGCCGACUAUUGGUUCCCUUUGCUAGAUUGACGCUUACCUUGUGAGCAAAAUAAAUCUCUUAAAUUACCACUAUUAAAUAAUUCUAAGAUUGUAUCUGUAAGAAGCAUUUAAAGAGAAGAUAUAUUAGUUUUUUAAUUGGUAUUUUAAUUUUUAUAUAUCCAGGAAAGAAAGAUGUGAUUGAAUAUUGUUAAUUAGAGCACGUGUGUUUAGAUCAUUCUGAAGCACUCAACUUCAUGUCAGUACCCAUCUAAGAAGUUUUGCUCAGUGGAAUAAACAUGUUUCAGCAGUGUUGACUGUAUUUUCCCACUUGGAUUACUUCAGUGAAUCGUUGUCAACAGUUCCUUUUAAAUACAAAUAAAUAAAUUCUAAAAGUUUA